UUUUUUGCUUGUUGGGUUUCGUUAAAAUGGGUCCGGUCUUUAAUCUUAUACGCUGUGAUCAAUUGUUCAAUAGCUCGCGUGAUACUUAUGAUAAUCUAAAGACCGACAUUUGCGGCAUAGAUCGUGUGAAAUAUAUUUUAACAUGCCUUUGCAUCUGCGUGCUGUUUCUUGGAUGCAUUUAUGUAUGGAAAAAAUGUGAUAGGUGCCAUAAAACUUUGCUGGCCUUUCACAAUUUGCGCGCAGCUGUUUCGCUGCUCCUGCUGGCCGUUAAUAGUCUCGAGCUGGCCAGGAGUCUGCUGCCCCAGCGCCGGACAGAGCAGCUGUAUCAGCUCUUUGACUCAACGCCCAAGGAGCUGAAUGUUCUGAUUAUCAUUGGCACGGGCACCGUGCGGAAUGCCCUCGCUGCCGUCCUGUUGACAAUUAUGCUAAUGUGCUAUCAUCGUGUGCUCGAGCGCAAAAAGAUGACAGACUUUCUCUACGGCAGCAUCGCCAUAGAAAUGUUGAUUUUUCUGCUGCGUAUCGAUGAGCUCGCCGAGGUGGCCUAUUACGAGGAGCUCCUUGAGCUGGAGACCUGCCUGCUCAGCGUAACGGUGAUUUGUCUAUUGGUCUUGGCUGCACUGGAUGGAUAUACCAUUUAUAAAGAGAUUCAGAGAUUUCGUAAUAAAAACUGUACGAUAUCGUAUGUGCCGCAAGUUCCAUGGCUGCUUAAUGAUACAAUACGGGAGAAUAUCCUAUUUGGUGAAUCAUUUCGGCCGAAGCGUUACGAUUUUGUGCUGGAUGCGUGCGCACUAAAACCGGAUAUUGAACUAAUGCCAACCGGUGAUUUUACGAUAAUCGGCGAACGGGGCAUCAAUCUAUCCGGCGGACAGAGGCAACGCGUCGCUGUUGCGCGUGCAAUUUAUUCAUCGGCCAACGUCGUCAUAAUGGAUGAUCCGCUGUCAUCGCUGGACAAUGAAGUGGGCAGCCAUGUCUUCGAGCAGUGUGUGCGUCAGAUGCUUUUGAAGUCGAAUCGCACCAUCAUCCUGGUGACACAGCAAUUACAGUUGAUCAAGGAGGCGGAUUAUUUAAUUGUGAUGAAGGAUGGCCGACUGCAAGCUUGCGGCACUUAUAAGGACAUUGAGCUAAAGCAGCCGCAAAUAAUCGCCAAAUGGAACUCGAUAAUUGCUAAGGCAAACGAAAAUGCAAAGGACCAGCAACAAAAUGCCACGGAGCGCACAGCUCGGGAGCGCUGGAAGCUAUUCAAGAAUGUCAGCAAAUUGGGUUUGCAGCGCUCAAUAUCGAUUAAUUCGGAAACGGGAGGCGGCAAUAACUCGGAACUGGAUUCCAGUUGCUUGGAUGGCAGCGUAUCAAUGUCAUUUAACAAUAUGCUCAAUGAUGCCGUCGCAGAGGACGACGAGGACGAUGAUCUGCCCGCGUCACUCUCCCUGGCCAGCGGCAUCAGCUGUGGCUUGCAGUCGGCCGGCAGCUUUCCACUGCAGCGCAAGCGGGCGAGCGUCUAUGGCUCUCGGCACUUGAUCUACGAUGUGCCGCUGCCCAUAGACGAGUGCCAGGCGGAUGAUGUCAUAAUGCGACCACGUCGACGCUCCACGCUGCAGCGCCGUGGCAGCAGCGCACGCUCGAGGAACUCGUGGCAUCGACUCAGUGGCCUCAGCUCGGCGACGGUCACGUCAACCUCGAGCACGAACAGUGGAGAUCUGCUGCGUCGCAGUCUGAUGACGGCCAGCUGCAGCAGCUAUGCGGAGAGCAGUCUCGAUGGGGGCGACUCGAUUGCAGAUGGAGUCACGACCCCGCCACUCGUAGCAGAGCUCUCUCCACGCGCCCAAUCCUGGCAGCCAGCACAGCAAACGCAUCAUGCGCCGGUGACGCGCAAUGUCUCCUCGCCGCCGGCGAUGGAGGCGGCAGCUACGUUGCCUGGUACGGAGGCGGCGGUGGCACCGAGUCGCGGCAGCUUUCAGCAGUUCCUGCGACGCAUGUCCAUGCGGCGCUCCAAUAAGCCAAAGCAUCAUCAUCGCCCGCUGAGCGCGGCCAACUCGAUUAGGAGCAUCUCGGAGGAGUCCAGUGCGGCAGCUCUCUUGCCAACAGUUGAGUUAAGUUCAGUGCCUUCAACGCCUGUCGCUGACAUUUCCAAUCCGCAGCCAACAACAAAUUUAGAGGCAACUCUCGACGACUUGGAAUUCAGGAGAGAGAUGCACGAAUUGUCUGCUGCGCCUCCUCCUGCACCUCCUGCUGCUGCCAAAGUGGAGACACCACCAGUGAAGCAUGUUAAAAUCGACUUCAAUGCAUUGCCAACAAAUGGCCGCAACAACAGCAACAACAACAAUAACAAUGAUGACAACGAGGCAGGCAAUGAGGAUGAUGGCGAUGUCGCUGACGUGCCAGACGUGACGUCACUGUCAAUGCAGCUGAAGAGCAAAGAGCGUCAAAGGGAACGGACACGGGCAGAGGCCCGGGCUGCACAUGCAGCAGGUGCAGGUGCGGUUGCAGAGACAGCAACAGCAGCGACAGCGCCAGAUGUGGAGCGCAAAUAUGGCCAAAUAUCGAAUCAUAUAUAUCUGCUCUAUAUGCGCGCCUCCGGCCUGCCCAUAAUCAUUGUCUUUUUUAUCACCGCACUAAUUUGGCAAUGUUUGCGUGUCUACACGGACGUUUGGCUCCAGCAUUGGAGCGACCAUGUCGAUGGUGGCAGGAGCGACAGUGACAUGGAUGCGGCCAGCCACGAAGUCACGUACUAUUUUCGCAUGUAUGCAACAAUUUCGUGUGUUUGCAUUAUAAUGGCCAUGAUAUCAACACCGGCCGGACAAUGGGCCGGCUGCAAAGCCAGCCGUAAUUUGCACGAUAAACUGUUGCUAACGAUUUUGCAUAAAACUUUGCAUUUUUUCCAAGUGACGCCGCUCGGACGCAUUCUGAAUCGUUUCAGCACCGAUAUGGCGAUCAUUGAUAAGAAAAUCGCUGCAACCUGUCAACGCCUGCUGCAGUUCAGCCUGCUCUGCCUCUGUGCGAUACUCAUAAAUGUGAGCAUUACGCCCUGGUUUCUGGCCCUCACUCUGCCCAUUUGUGGGGCCUACUAUGCCAUUCAGAAGUUCUACAGGUGCUCGGCACGUGAGCUGCAGCGCAUCGAGAACUCAAGCAGCUCGCCGGUCAUCUCGCAUCUGGCGGAGACGAUUCAGGGUGUGACCACAAUACGUGCAUACAAUCAGCAGGCACGUUUCACCGAGAUCCUGUUCAAGCGACUCGAGGCGAACACGAUUGCGUUUACCAUAUUGAAUACGAGCAACCGCUGGCUGGGCAUAUCAUUGGAUUACCUGGGUGGCUGCAUUGUUUUUGUGGCCAUCGUAACGGCACUGGCAACGGCAAGCGUCAGUUGCAGCCGCUAUGUGAGGGAGGCUGAGGCGGAGCUGGCAAGUGGCAGGACGCCGGAGAUGGCAGGAACUUAUGCCAUCAAUAAAGGCGCCAGCUCCAAGGAGUUGACGCCGACGCCCUCGCUGGUCGGCCUGGCCAUAAACUACACGUUGUUGGUGCCGAUUUACCUUAAUUGGGUUGUAAAACUUUUGGCCGAUAUGGAGAUGUAUGCGGGCUCGGUCGAACGCAUUGCGCACUAUGCACAGCAGACGCAGCAGGAGGAGCAGGAGCAGCAGGAGCAAGAGCAACACGAGCAGCAGCAGCAGGAGCAGCAGGAUACGGAAAUAAGCAAUGAAGUCGAUAGGUCGCACUGCACGACUAACGUUGACAAAGUUUACCCAGGCGCAACGUCAGCUGGCGUUGAUGUUGCCGGCGACUCAGCUCGAGCUGCUGAUAAAUUAAAUGCAGGCAAUGCAGAAGGAGCAGCAGCAGCAGCCGGAGGAGCCGGCAGUGGCAAUCACUUAAGCUUCCACACGGCGCCAGUUGUUGACAAGCGGCAGCUGGCGACGACAGCGGCAAGGACGUCAAUGAUUAACGAUAAGGCACUGACAGCACUUGGCGACAAGGUCGCGUUAUCUAAUGAGCCAUCGAGGCGUAUCAAAACUUACCAAAGCGUUCCGAUUUCCUGGCCACAGCGAGGUGACAUCAGCUUCGAGGAUGUGAGCCUACGUUAUGAAGGACAAAGGCAGAACGUUAUCAGCCACCUCAACUUAAAGAUACCAGCAGGCCAAAGGGUAAGUACAAUAAACAUUGUCAAAGCCAAAAAGGCUUCCAACAGCACAGCAAUUCGUAUUCAGUUUAUGGGUACUCGACGAGCAGAUACUCUAUAA